CAUGAUGGCAUCUUAUCUUCUGCUAAUAUUCGUUAUCCUUGCUAAUAUAAAUACAUAGCAUCGCACAUUUAAAAUUCUAUGCUCAUUCAGUCAUCAGCAGUGCUUUGAGACAUUCAGACCAAUAUUUUCAUCGUCUAGUCUAUUUUAAAUUUGAUCAGCUCCAUUUUUCAAGGUAACGGGCUUAAACAUGCAGAGUAAUAAGUUUGCAGUCAAUAAUAUUAAUCAAGAGAUGCCUAAAGCAACAAACAAAUCUAAAAUGAUGGAUAACAUGAUUGGUUCGAUUAACAAGAUACAAAACAUCCUUAACAAUGCAGGAAUUGCCAAUUCAAUUGAAUUGCCACAGAUUGUCAUGCUUGGAACUCAGAGUGCUGGCAAAAGCUCAGUUUUAGAAUCAAUUGUUCAUCGUCCAUUCUUACCUCGCGGAUCUGGUGUUGUUACACGGUGCCCAUUAGUUCUUCAACUUGUUGAAUGCAAGAUGACUAACAAGCAGUAUCGUAAGCAGUCAAAUGGAACCACUGAGAUUGAAGAAUGGGGAGAAUUCUCGCAUUUAGAAGGUCAAAUAUUCUCUAAUUUUGACUUGAUUCGUAAAGAAAUUGAAGAUCAAACUGACAAACUUGCUGGAAAUAACAAAGGAAUUUGCAAGCAACCGAUCAGUUUGAAGAUUUAUUCACCACAUGUUGUAAAUUUGACUCUCGUUGAUUUGCCAGGUAUCACUAAGGUACCAGUUGGUGACCAGCCACAAAAUAUUGAAUACCAGAUUACAGAGCUAGUCAUGGAAUACAUUAAGAAUGAAAAGUCAAUCAUUUUAAGUGUGAGUGCUGCAAAUAAUGACAUAGCGACAAGUGAGAGCCUUAAAUACUCAAAACAAGUUGAUAAAAAUGGCGAUCGUACAUUGGCAAUUCUCACGAAGGUAGAUGCUAUGGUUGAAGGAACUGACGCACGAGAAAUGUUGAGUGGCAAACUUAUUCCUGUUAAAUUGGGAAUUAUUGGAGUCAUAAAUCGAUCACAAAAGGAUAUUGAACAAAAUAAGACAAUUGAUGAGCAAAUAAACGACGAGAAGGCAUUUUUUGAGCAGCAUUACAAGGAUAUGGCUAAAAAGCAAGGAAUUCCAUUCCUGGCAAAUCGAUUGAGUGAAUUAUUAAUUAGUCACAUCCAUAAGUUCCUUCCUGAAGUAAAGAAAGAAAUUGCCACUAAAUUGCGACUUUCUAAGGAAGCACUGGAUGAAUGCGGCGAAGAAAUUGAAGAUCGUGAUGAUGUCAUAUCCUUAAUUAUUACUGAAACAGCUGUUGCAUUUUCCACUAUACUUGAAGGAAAAGAAUGGAGUAAAAUUAAGGAUGUCGAGCCUUUAGUUGGUGGACCAAAACUCCGUAGAAUCUUUGAUGACACAUUUGGCACAGCUUUGGCUGGAAUUGAACUUGAUUUCAAUAAACAAGACAUAAUGAAAAAUAUCUCAAACAGUGGAAGUUUCAGACCAGCUGUCUUUGUGUCUAAUAAUCACUUUGAGGAUCUCGUCUACAAGCAAAUUGAACAUCUUCGUGAGCCAUCAAUUAAAUGUGUUGAUCAGAUUAAUAAGGAAAUGGAAAAUGUCAUUCAUAAAUUGAUCACAGAACAGCAGAAACUAACUCGCUUUCCAGUCAUGCAAAAGAAAAUUCGGACAAUUUUAAAGAACUUUCUUAACAAACGAGUUCCAAUUGCGAAGGAAAUGGUCAAUGAAUUAAUUAACACUGAAUUGUCAUCGAUUAAUACAAAUCAUCCAAAUUUUUCCAUUGAGGAUGCUUUGAAGGAAACAUCCAGCAACAACUACCAGCAACCACCAUACAAGAUCAGAAAAACUGAAAAAGACGCAAAAACAAUUCAAAAUUUAGUCGAGAACUAUUUUCCAAUUGUGCGUACAACAAUUCAGGAUCAAGUUCCAAAGAUUAUCUGCCAUAAGAUCAUCAAGUUUAUGAUGAAAAACAUUCAAAGUGAGUUGCUAAAGCAGUUGCGUAACGAAACGGACGCUGAUUUGUUGGAGGAAUCUGAAGAAAAUGCUCUAAAACGUGAAAAGUACAAGAAAGACGUUAAGGCAUAUCAAGAAGCUGAAAAGGAGAUUGAGGAUUUUGAAUUGGGUUAUUAACUGUCUAAAUGACAAUUUUCUAGUAUUAAUUCUUAGUCUGAUGACUUUUUAAUAUUAUUAAGUACAUGUCACUAACUUAUAAGCUAAUGAAUGCUAAUUAUAAGAAUUUCAAU